CGUUUUUCGCACGCGUCUAGCGUCAGUUCUUAGCUGUUUUUGUAGCCAGCACGUUGUUUACGCGCGCGUUUUGUUCACAAUCACAUACACAAAUACAAAUUUGCCGCAUAAACAAACGAAUUUUUAUUGCGAUGGGCAAUCACAAAGUGCUGAAAACCGCUGGAAUUAAUCUGAGGUACUCCAUGUACGAUUUUAUUGAGGCUGUGAAGAAACAUCACAUCAUUUGGGAUCGAGAGCAUGAAAAUUUCCACAACCGCGAGCUUCGCGAUCUGGCCUGGCAAGAGAUUGGCCAACAGCUGUGCAAGAAUUUCGAGGUGGCGAGCAGUGCAGAGAAACAGGAAAUCGCAAAAACAUUGCUCAAACGCUGGAAGAACACGCGCGACAGUUACCUACGUGUAAAUCGGUUACGGCAAAGCGGCGAAGAGAUCGGCCGCGCCUCCUACAUUUACGAGAAGGAGCUGAACUUCCUGCUCGAUGUCAAAGCAGAGGACGACACAAACACACAAAAAGAUGAACCGAAGAAACGCAAACAAUUUCGCAUAUCACGAACGCCGGUAAAACGGCGUCGUGCAUCAGAGAACCCUGCAGCAGAGCAAGAUAAUGAGACAACAUUGACGGAGGACGGUAUCAACUCGGUGCUGGAUCACUUAAAUUACACAACAGACACCGACGCAUCCCUGCCUGUCGCAAAGGGAACCGAAACGAACAUCUCCAACACUGCGGAACUGAACAGUUCAGCGGCGCCUCCUGCAACAGCUAUCGCUGCUGAUCCGGAUCCAGAUCAGGCAUUUUUCGAUAGCAUUAAACCGCACAUGCAGCGCAUGACCAGUGAUCAGAAGCUAGACUUUCAAAUCGAGGUGCUGAAAAUACUACGGAAUUUUAAGCCAACAUAACAUUGUUCUUUUGAAUAG